CAUGAUCGCACUACUGUAAGGUUAUAUAUAUAUAUCUAUGUGCAUUUUCUAAUUAUUAUUCUGAUGUGUUAACGUGAUUGGAGUGACACGAAACACCAGACAAUCACACGUUCUUUCUUCCGAUGUUUAUUACAUAUACAUUUUUUCAGUCAUUAGUUCUUUUAAUUUACAGACGCAAAGAUCGUAAACGAGGCUCUACAGAAAGUAUUUCCCUCAGAAAGAAACAUCCGCCUCAUCGCAGAGCCAGGAACAUACUUUGUUGCUUCUGCCUUCACCCUCGCCGUCAACGUCAUAGGGAAACGUCUCGAGUCACGUGACACACCAGACCAACAAAACCACAUGGUAGAGAACGGUAACAAAAAAUUCAGAUAUUUCCUGAACGAUGGUGUUUUGGGGUCGUUCCUGAUGUAUGUCAUCCUUCCGACAGUAAAGCUGACUGUAGAGCCUCUUCAUGCACCUACAAGCCCCCAGAAGUAUAAAUGCAGCCUGUGGGGACCCACGUGUGCCGGCAUAGAUUUGAUCCGUGACCAGGUGGACCUACCUGAAAUGAAGGUCGGUGACUACCUGUGUUUCCGUAACAUGGGUUACUACACCAUCAGCUUGUACAACGGCUUCAAUGGCAUGCCCAUGCCAGAGGUUUUCCUUUACUGUGCUGAAGACAUCUGGAUGCGCGUGUUUCCCGAGAAGAAGAGACUCCAUCCCACAAGUUGUCUCAGUCUACUGACAAGAGAAGUUUAUUUGAAUGGCGUUGAAUAAAGCCAGAUGAAGGAUUCAUUGAUAGGUGACCACUGUGAACGCACAGAGCAAAAAUAUCUAUUACAAACAUUAUUCUGGAGAAACUAGUUUCUAGAUGUGAAAUGCUUUUAUUAAUCGCUUCAAACAAAGGAAAUAAUUGUAGCUAAGCUUGCAUUGUAAAUGUAUAUCUCGGUGAUUGCUUUGGAUGUUUAUUAGAGACCUUAUAUAUGUUAGGAGAGAAAUCUUUAUCUGUUUGUUGUGUAUUUGUAGUCAAAUUCACUGAUUACGGAUUGGGUUAAAAAGGGAAAUCUUUGCUAUAGUUAUAAUAUCUGACUGGAGUUUUUCGUUUUGAGGAUAAUGAAAUUUACCCAAAAUUUACCUCUAGCUUCU